GGCUGUGGGCUCAGAUUCAUUGAGAAAGACGGAUUGUGUGGCGUGCCGUUUGCUUUCCCUUUUUUGUCCCGUUUAUGGAUGGAGCCAGAGUUCCAUUAAUGCGUCAUAUCGAACGUUCGGCUGCUCAGAGCUCUCGCUGUGGAUCCAUGGUUCGUUCCGCCUGAAUUACAUAAUCAAACAUUGCAACAAGGAAGAUUUGAAAGUUUCACUGAUUGCUCAAUGCUGAAGGCAGAACACUUGAACUACAAUGGACUGUUUUUAUGACCAACAAGUCCCUUAUAUGGCUCCAGGGAAGUCUUUAGAGGAUUGUAGAAAUCGACCAGUUGGGGAUCGUAAAAGAAGAUAUGUGGAUGUAAAUUUGGCACAUGAUUCUGAAGAACUGUUUCAAGAUCUAAGCCAGCUACAAGAGGCAUGGUUGAUUGAAGCGCAAGUACCAGACGAUGAACAGCAUGUUCCAGAUUUUCAGUCUGAUAACUUAAUUCUUCAUGGACCACCACCAGCAAAGAUUAAACGAGAAAUUCAUAGUCCAUCAUCCGAAACAAAUGCAUGCAGCCAUAAUGUUCCUGUUCCUGUUUCUUAUGGAGAAAAGUGCCUCUAUAACCCCAGUGCCUAUGCAAGAAAGCCUGCCGUAGGGCUUAAGCCCUUGGCAUCUACAUGUUCAACAUCAUCUGCCCCACUGCCAGUGUCUGGUAAUGCACAAUCCUUGGAAAUUCCAAAUAACUCUAUGCAUGUCCAAUGUGAGCAGAAACAAGAAUUUGCAGUUCCACAACCUCUUCAUCAAACAAGACCACUACAGAAGAACAUGCAUGAGAAAGUAUAUCCUCCAGAAUACAAAUUUCAGAGGCAGAUGUCUGAACCCUGCCAAUCUUUUCCUCGCUUCCAUGGUGUCACAGGAGAAUCCCGUCCAGUGUAUCACAGACAAAUGUCUGACCCUGUUUCUGCACCCCCACUCACAUCAACUCAUCAAGGCUUCAAACAGGAGUAUCGCAGUCAUGUUUAUGACCAAGACAUGAAUGCCCCUUUAAGGCGCAAUUUCCAUGGAGCUAUGGGGAUUAAGCAAGAACCUCAGGAUUACAGUAUUGAAUCAGAAGUGCCUAACUGUCCGUCCUCUUGCUUUGGUACAGGAAGCUAUUUCCAGGGCGAUCAUUCGGGAUUUCCUUAUGACCAAAACAGACUGUACUACGAUGAUACCUGUGUUGUACCUGAAAGAGUUGAAGGAAGCAAAGUGAAACAGGAACCCAACUUUUACAAGGAAGGCCCACCUUACCAGCGCAGAGGGUCACUGCAGCUCUGGCAGUUCCUGGUCACACUUCUCGAGGACCCAGGAAAUGCUCAUUUCAUUGCGUGGACAGGAAGAGGCAUGGAAUUUAAACUAAUUGAGCCGGAAGAGGUUGCAAGACGUUGGGGAAUUCAAAAGAAUAGGCCGGCAAUGAAUUAUGAUAAAUUAAGCCGCUCUCUUCGUUACUAUUAUGAAAAGGGCAUUAUGCAAAAGGUGGCUGGUGAGCGGUAUGUCUACAAGUUUGUAUGUGAUCCGGAGGCUCUCUUUACAAUGGCUUUUCCAGACUAUCAACGUUCUCAAGUAAAAAUUGAAACUGACUGCCAUGCCCCUGAAGAGGACACAGUACCUCUAACCCACUUUGAGGAGAACACUGGCUACAUGUUAGAUUUGGAACUGGUCAAAAAUCCUUUUUACGCUGAGGAUCCUUCGUACUAAGCAAGGAUAAAUUUCCACAUUGCUGAUUGGAGGAGCAAGGAACAAUAUGCUAUCAAAAUAGGCUUUCUAAAGCAGGACUAGAUCAUCUCUACAUUAAAGGAUAUUAGAUAGUGCUUGGUAACUUGGAACAUAGCAUUAUAACCAGUCUUGAUUAGUUUAAAGUUUUUUUUUUUUUUGUUUGUUUUUGUGGGUGUUGCGGUAUUGCAGGGUUGUUGGGUUUUU